GAACCAACAUACCGUUGGACCUUUCGAGGAUCGUGACGUGGUGAUUGGUCACCAAUCUGCAUCUUGUAAACUGCUCACUUUAGCGUAAACUAUAUUGUGAUUAGGUGGCUGUGUUUCUGCGAUACAGACGGGCGAGUUUUAGUUUUUUUGGACUAAAAAGUUUAUCCUGCUGCUUUAUCGGCCAUCAAACAGUUUGCUGUGUGAUCGUAUCUGCUGUGACUGACACACCAGGACUGAUCCAGCGGCAACAUGAAGCUCUACAGCCUCAGUGUCCUUUAUAAAGGAUCGACCAAAUCCAACCUCCUCAAAGCGGCCUACGAUCUCUCCUCCUUCAGCUUCUUUCAGCGCUCCAGUAUUCAGGAGUUCAUGACCUUCACCAGUGCCUUGAUUGUUGAACGGACAUCACAUGGAACUCGUGCCUCUGUCAAAGAACAAGAGUACCUGUGCCAUGUGUAUGUGAGAAAUGACAACCUGAGUGCUGUGGUCAUAGCAGAUACCGAGUACCCACAGAGAGUCUGUUUCACAUUGCUAGACAAGGUUUUAGAGGAGUUCUCCAGGCAAGUGGACAGUAUAGAUUGGCCCUCUGGUAAUCCUGAAACCAUAAACUAUAAAGCCCUGGAUAUUCACCUUUCUAAAUACCAGAACCCCAGGGAAGCAGACGCAAUGACCAAAGUGCAGGCAGAGCUGGAUGAGACAAAGAUCAUUUUGCACAACACCAUGGAAAGUCUUCUGGAGAGAGGAGAGAAACUGGAUGAUCUUGUGGCCAAGUCAGAGCACCUGGGAAACCAGUCCAAAGCUUUUUAUAAGACUGCGCGGAAACAGAACUCAUGCUGUGAAAUCAUGUGAUGUCGCUGCCUCGUCCUCGCGGACACGCCUCUCUCUGCCUUUCUGCUUUUUCCCUACAACUCCCAUCAUGCACCAGCCACCAGCUCUCAACACAAAGGACAGAACGGAUGCUGUCUAAUCCAGGAUGGGGUGCCAGGAUGAGAGGGUGGAUGGUGGUGGCCAGUCUUAAUGUGACCUAUCCGGAUUGUGACUGAUGGGGGCUGAAGGAGUGAUGGGGUUUGGUCAGGGGAAGAAGAAGAAGAAGAAGAAGUAACAUUUGAAUUAAUUUUAACCAUUCAAAGGGUAAACAUCUGUGUGGUGUUUCAAUACCAGCUGGGGACAUAAUAGUGUGACGUCAUGUAUUGGUGAUGUGUUGUUGAAAUGUCUUUAAACCAUUUAAUGUUAUUCAGAUUGAAUCAAAUGUUAAUAGUUUGAUUUCAACUCAAUUUUUUUUUUUUUUUUUUUUUUUUUUUUUUUGAAAGUGUUAACCACGGUUGUGCUUUUGUUUCAAGGCAAACCUGACAAUCUCACAGUCUUGUGAAUUAAUACAGUGUGUCGGUUAAAUUCUUCAAACCCUUUUCUUGUAAGGCAUAACCUGUUCUGCCUCUAGGUGGCCCUGUUUAUUUACUGUAUUAUUUCAUGGAGCCUCAAUGUUGAGGUCAACCUAAAAAAAAAAAAACAAACUCUGAGAGCCAAGACUGGAUGUGGCUGCUCGGAGCUGUGAUAUCAAAAUCUCAUAGAAUUCUACAAUGAUUUUUAAACACUGCUAUACUGGAUUAAGUUACAUUAUUUCCUUGAUUUAUUCUGUCUCAUGGUGUUAAAUGAAAUCUUAAACAUUCCCACUUUGGGUGAUUGUGUUAUUGAGUGAUGAUGCAUCUUAAAAGUUGAUGAGAGGUGAGACAUUAGAUGAAAAAAAAAAGCAUAGAGAUGAUUUUCCAUAGACUCAGCCUUAUUGCAGUGUGGCUAACAUGUAACCCGCCCUGUUCUUUUCUUUAAAAAUUAUGUCAUCUAAUGAGAAGGACAGGACUUGUAAGCUAUUCUCUUUCACACUGUGUACAGUUUCAGUGCUUUUCUCUCUAAUAGCCAACUCGCAUUAAACAAAAGCAGGUUUUUAGAGUUCAGUAACCCCAUUGGACCAGUCCAAGGCUCGCUCGAACCUCUUAAACCUGGAAUCGCUAACAUUUAACCUAAUAUUCAGUGUGACUGAGACUGACUCUGAGAAGCACUUCAACCGGAGAUGUUGUUGCACUCUCUGGCCUCUUAUUGCGUGCUAGUCGAAUGUUUUCUCCUAAAACGUUUGAAACGAGAGAACAGACAGAUGACAUUAUAAACUGAGUGAUUUCACAGCUGUCUCAUAUAUUAAGACACUCCACUGCUGACGUUUCUUUUCUGUCAGCCCUGUUUUCUUUGUAUGUAGGUCUGAGUGGGUAUAAAUUCCUUUCUUCAAGGACUGCUGAUCAGUUUAAGAUGGAGAGGUGCCUUUGGUUGUGUGUCGUAGAUGUUUCUCUGCUGUCUUUCUGCUGUGUAUGUGCGUGUGAAUGAUUUGCUGAUAUACGUCUUCAGGCUGCAUUGAUGUUUGAGUGGCUGUGUGUAUGAACUGUUGUGUGUGUGUGUGUGAUCUGAAUUUGCUCUUUCUGCUUUUACAGUGUAAUUUUUUGUGCAAUAUCUCUGCAGACUGUUGGUGUAUCUCUAUAACGUGGAGAGAAUAAAUUGAAUUAUUUCUCUUUAAGGACAGUAAAUUGACCUUUGUAUGCUAUUCUUAUGACUAAUUCAUAUGUGAAGCUUGUCCAGGGUUCAUUCUGAGAUAUUUGUUAAAAAUUCCUCCUUUUUUCAAAAUUCAUUUCAAAAUGUGCUGAAUUUGAAAAUAUGUGAAAUCUUUGGAGUCAUGCUGUAGCUAUUUGCAGGUCAGGUGUUGCUGGCCAGUGUGUUAAACAGUCUGCAUUAAAUGUUUUGAUCCAGAUGUGGUCUGCAAAUUUAAGACAAAAACUUCAGAUAAUAAACUGUUCUUUUCUGUCUGUACUAACAUUUUGUUUUUGGAACAUUUACUUGAUUGUUUACAGAACAUGUAAUCUUGCUUAGGUAAAUAAAAAAAUGGCCUCUGG